ACUCUAUGGUACAUGCACGCUCUACGUUUUCGGCUUCCUGGUUAAAGAUGGCGGAUGAGAAUGAGACAGCACCGCAGGUGGAGCAAGAUGAAGAGGUAGACGAGGACCAUGCCCACUGCAGCGACUGUGAAAAUCAGGAGCAUCACUUCGAUGAUGGGAGCCCGGGAGAAGAAACCGGUGCCAAGAAGAAAAAGAAGAGACCGAAGAAGAAAAGAGAUAAGAGUGAAGGCACAGAUCCUUCCCAGAACUCCGUGGCCAAGGUGAACUCGCUGCCGGCUGACAAGCUGCAUGAGAUCCAGAAGGCUAUCGAGCUCUUCUCCGUGGGUCAGGGCCCUGCCAAAACCAUCGAGGAGGCCACUCGCCGUAGCUACCAGUUCUGGGACACGCAGCCCGUCCCCAAGCUUGGGGAGAUGGUGACGUCGCACGGCUGCAUAGAGCCGGACAAAGCCAACACCCGCGAGGAGCCCUACAGCCUCCCCCACGGCUUCUGCUGGGACGCUCUAGAUUUGGGCAACCCUGCCGUGCUGAAAGAGCUGUACACCCUUCUUAAUGAGAACUAUGUGGAGGACGAUGACAACAUGUUCCGCUUCGAUUACUCCCCAGACUUCCUGCUGUGGGCUCUGCGGCCCCCAGGCUGGCUGCCACAGUGGCACUGCGGGGUGCGCGUUAUCUCCAACAAGAAGCUGGUGGGCUUCAUCAGCGCCAUCCCGGCCAACAUCCGCAUCUACGACGCAGAGAAGAAGAUGGUAGAGAUAAACUUCCUGUGUGUGCAUAAGAAGCUGCGCUCCAAGCGCGUAGCUCCGGUCCUGAUCCGGGAGAUAACCCGGCGGGUCAACCGAGAGGGCAUCUUCCAGGCCGUCUACACCGCGGGGGUGGUCCUGCCCAAACCCGUCGGCACUUGCAGGUACUGGCACCGUUCUCUGAACCCGCGCAAGCUAAUCGAGGUGAAGUUUUCACAUCUCAGCAGGAACAUGACUAUGCAACGGACCAUGAAGCUGUACCGGCUGCCUGAGGCCCCCAAAACGGCCGGCCUGCGGGCGAUGACCCAGAAGGACGUGGGGGCGGUGCACCGGCUCUUGGGGGUGUACCUGCGGCAGUUCCACCUGACACCCGUGCUGAACAUGGAGGAGGUGGAGCACUGGCUGCUGCCCCGGGAAAACAUCAUCGACACCUUCCUGGUGGAGAGCCCGGAAGGCGCAGUGACGGACAUCAUCAGCUUCUACACGCUGCCCUCCACCAUCAUGAACCACCCGGUGCACCGCAGCCUGAAGGCGGCCUACUCCUUCUACAACGUGCACACCACCACGCCCCUGCUGGACCUGAUGAGCGACGCCCUCGUCAUGGCCAAAUCGAAAGGGUUCGACGUCUUCAACGCACUAGACCUGAUGGAGAACAAGACGUUCCUGGAGAAGCUCAAGUUUGGCAUUGGGGAUGGGAAUCUGCAGUAUUACCUGUACAAUUGGAAAUGUCCCAGCAUGAGUGCUGAGAAGGUUGGCCUGGUGUUACAGUGAUGUCCUCUUGCCACAGUCAGACCUGGAGGCCAUGCCGUGCACUUAGCACCUGGAUAAUGGAAUGACGGACUUUCCUCUUCAGGGAAGAGAACCCACCGCCCCUUUUAAAUUUUGACCUUUGACUUUGACCUAUGACCUGCACUGCUGCUGUUGGCAGGGGGGGGAGGCUGACCCCUCCCCUCCCAUCCCCUCGCAUGGAGCUAAAGCCAUUGUAUCGUCCAUUCUGUAUGUCAGCAAGUGAACCAAGUCACUACUGUUAUACACACCUUACUCACAGCAAUCAUGCCAUAUAACAGCAACUGAAUAUUAUUACUACUGUACCAACAAACCCAAUUACCCACACACAGACAUCAUGAAGCCAUUGUAUCGUCCAUUCUGUAUGUCAGCAAGUGAAUCAAGUCACUACUGUUAUACACACCUUACUCCCAGCAAUCAUGCCAUAUAUCAGCAACUGAAUAUUAUUACUACUGUACAACCCAACCCAGUUACCCACACACAGACACAAUGAAGCCAUUGUAUCUUAUCUUCCAUCCUGAACAUCAGCACAUGACACCAGUCACUGCUGUAUUACAUCAAGUAUUAUAUCUUCCAUUUUGUACAUCAGCAAGUGAACCCAGUUACUACUGUACUACACGUACAUACACCAUGUCGUACAUCAGCAACUGAUGGUUACCACUACCACCAAGUACUGUAUUCAAACAAACGUCCACAUGCAAGCAUGCAUACACACACCACACAUGAACACACGCAGAUUGCUCUUUUCUUGCCGUUUGGAUCGCUUUUGCUAAAACACUUACUCUCCUCUUCGGUGAACAUUUUAGAAGAAUCUAAACGAGAAAGAGAAAUGAAAUAUCCAAAGUGGACACCGUACAAGGGCUUCUGUAAAAUGUUUUUUGAUUAAUUUGAUUGUAUUUUAUUGCUUUCUCGUCCUUAAUGGAUUUAGCCUAUUCUCUCUUCUUGUGUGCCAGUCCUCUUUCGUUAGCACCAGCGCUAGUGACUGUAAAAGGCGCCAAGCUCUCUUCACUGAACUAAAAAAUGUUUGAGCUUC